AUGCUGCUGAACUCAACACAAUUGUUGGUGGUGAUCAUCGCUAUCAUUACCCCACCACAGGCAAAUGCUUUUACCAAUACAAAUUUGGCCUCUUUAAUGCCAAAUUCUCAUCAUGUUCUUCAGGCCACCACCACCACGACGAUGACGACUGCUGAUUCUGCCUUGGAAGAAAUGAUAAUGGAACCUCCUCCAGUGGAAGAAACCAAAAGGGAUUUCCCUGACCUUGAAGCAGUCGAAAGCUCACAAGAAUUACUUCUGGAGGAGCAAAAGGAGCAGCUACGAGAAGAAAUUGAAGCACAACAACGUGAAAUCGAAUCGCAAAUCGAGCAUCUGAAAACAGAGAAACAACAACAACAACAACAAGAGGAACACAAAGGUCCUUCCAUGGCAGCCUCUCGAGCUCUAAGGCUCUUUGAUAUUGUAUUCAAUGAUAUUAUCGCUCCAAUCUAUACCACCUUGAUACAACGAGGCCUUCCACCGAAUGGCGAUUGGGACCAAUUCUGGGGUUUUCCAUGGAAUGGAAAAACUCUGGCCGACCAAUGUGUGCUAGCACUCGAAAAGAUGGGACCCACCUAUGUCAAGUUUGGACAAGCACUGGCAUCUAGACCCGACAUUGUUCCACGAUCCUUGGCACAAUCCUUGCGAACACUACAAGACUCGAUGCAACCCUUUGAUACUCUCAUCGCCAAAGAGAUUAUUCAGCAAGAACUUGCAAACUCUUCCGCUAGCCAUGAGGAAGAUAUUCAAGCCUUGGUGUCGAGUUUAUCAGAUCAUCCCGUGGCCGCCGCCAGUAUCGGACAAGUCUAUUCGGGUCAUUUGGCCAAUGGUCAAAAGGUGGCCAUCAAGGUUCAGCGUCCUGGGAUUCGUGAGAUUGUCCAACAGGACGCUAGUUUGUUGCACACCAUUGUCCAAAUGGUGGAACCCAUUCCCGCCCUUCCAGGCUUGCAAAAGAAUCAAGAACGACUGGUGGAGACGAACUUGAAAGGGGCCGUCGAUGAAUUCAUGUCGCGCAUUGUGGAAGAAUUGGAUUACCGAAAUGAAGCCAACAACAUUCAAACGUUUCACCAACUCUAUUCGCAUCGUCGGCCGACCGCGAGCAGCAAUCGGCAAAGGAGUAGUAGCAGUAGUAGCAACGAAAACAAAGAGCACGAAGAAGACAAUCGAAUUGAAGUGGUCGUCCCAGAAGUGUACAUGGAUCUGUGUACGGACCAAGUGAUUGUGAUGGAAUGGAUUGAGGGCACCCAUUUGGUAGACCUGGAAACCGAUAGCAGUUCUCAAGAAAGUCUCGCACUGAUCCAACAGUGCAUUGAAUGCACGCUUUCGCAGCUAUUGGACACAGGAGUUCUUCACGCGGAUCCACAUGGAGGAAAUCUCCUGAAGGUUACCGAUACGUCGGGUGAGCAGGAGAUUAAGCGAUUGGGAUACAUUGACUUUGGAUUGCUCAGUACCGUUCCGGUCCAAGUUCGGGAUGGUCUCGUUUGUGCCGUUGCCGAGCUCGUCUUUGCGCGCAAUGUCACUGCCGUGGCCAACUUGUUUGGUGAAUUGCAGCUGUUGCCGGAAGACAUUGUUUCGGACCCAUCCGAACGAAUGGCACUGACCGUGGAAUUGCAACAAGCCAUGGCCGCAUGUCUCAAAUACGAACCGGUACCAUCCUCAUCUCCAACGUCUUCCACUACCAUUCCAUCACUCCGCUUUGACAAGUUGCUCGAUGCUUUGACGAGACUUGUCCCAAGAUUCCGAUUUCAACUCCCGCCAUAUUUUAUCAACAAUGCUCGAGCCUUGGGCACCUUGGAAGGAAUGGCGCGAGAGAUCAAUCCGGACUUUAACGUCUUGCAAACCAUGUAUCCCUAUAUUUUGGGUCGACUCUUGUCCAAUCCCACCAACAGUCCCAUUGUGGAAGCCACGGUCCAAUCGUUGAUUCGAUCCCCAGUGACGGGGAAAAUUGAUAUGCAACGAAUCAAGAAACUCGUGCAAGAUGCUACCGUCCUGACUGGAUAUUCCAAGAAAAAGGUGAUUCUGGAUGUCCUCCAAUCACGGAAUGGACCUCGACUGGCCAAGACUGUUGCCAAGGAACAACUGAAGCAAGCAGUGGCACGGCGAUUGUCCUUUGUCAAGAGAACGAAGCGCAUGCGGCUAUAA